CUACCCAUGGCUUCUGUAAGUCGCAAGCAAACUCACCUCCCCCCCACCCGUCGUGCUCGCCUUUUCCCCCGUUGCUUUCCCCGUCCCCGUCCUCACAACUUUGCUCCCCAAGGCUAUCCUCUUGCGAACGGUGCAGCAGCAGCGGCUGCUGGUCCUGUGCCUGGUGCCACCCCUCUUCUUCCUAACAAUGGCCGGGUCAUUCAGAACGGCCCCGUGAGAGUGUUGUGCAUUGCGGAUGUCCGAGGAAAUUUGAAGUCUUUGAACGAGCUUGCUAAGCAAGCUCGCGCUGAUCAUAUUAUCCAUACCGGUGACUUUGGUUUCUACGAUGAUACCUCUCUCGAGCGAAUUGCAGACAAGACUCUCAAACAUGUGGCACAAUAUUCCCCGUUGCUGCCCGAGGCCGUGAAGCGCACGAUUGCUCAGACUCCUCCCCAGCAGUCGAUCAAACAACGAUUCACUCCGGAUCAGCUGCCCCUUUCCGAACUCUCAAUGCUGCUCGACAAGCGGCUCACUCUCGAUGUCCCCGUAUAUACCGUCUGGGGUGCUUGUGAGGAUGUCAGAGUGCUGGAGAAAUUCCGUUCGGGAGAGUACAAGGUUAACAAUUUGCACAUCAUUGACGAGGCCAACUCGCGGCUGCUGGACAUAGGCGGUGUGAAGCUGCGGCUGCUGGGUCUGGGCGGCGCGGUGGUGAUGCACAAGUUGUUCGACAAUGGCGAAGGCAAGACCACGAUUGCUGGUGGCCAGGGCACCAUGUGGACCACCUUGCUCCAGAUGGGUGAGCUGAUCGACACUGCCAACCGUGUGUACGACCCGUCAGAAACCCGCAUCUUCGUCACUCAUGCGUCGCCCGCUCGGGAGGGCAUGUUGAACCAGCUGUCCGUGACCCUCAAGGCCGACUUUUCCAUCUCCGCCGGUCUCCACUUCCGCUAUGGUUCCUCCUACAACGAAUUCUCCGUCAACCCUUCUCUGGAUCACUACCGGGGCAAGCUCGCGGCUUCCAAAGCCUCUUUCAACGAUGUUUGGGAGACGGUCCGUGGAGAGGUGGAGGCUGCCAUCUCUUCCAAUGAGGCCCAGAAGACUCUCUUGGACAAUGCUCUUGAUGUCGUUCAGAGAAUGCCCACUGUCGCCAAUGGUGGAAACCCAUUUGGCGGUCCCACUGCUCCCGGAAAUGCUGCGGGCCAGGUCGACGAGAGCGCUUUCAAGAACAUGUGGAAUUUCAAUCUUGCGGAUGCUGCGUUCGGCUUUCUUGUUCUUGAGGUCGAGGGAGGCCGCAUUGCGACGGAGAUGCGUGCUCAAGGCUUCAACUUCGCUCACCGCACUGGUAAGCCUCAGGUUGCUGCUGGCCAGCCUGUAGCCAGUGGGCUUCCCGCUUCGCCAGCUACCGCGACACGUGUUCCUGGUGCUGCCCCCCCUCAGUUUGGACAGGCCCCACCUCCAGCUCGGGUCGCUCCCCCUACCACCCAGCAGGCUCCAGGAAAAGGUCCAGCUGCGGGCGCUAGUCGCGCAUCUCCCGUCCCCGUCGUCCCCAAGCCUGCCACCCCACAGCCCCCUGCCGCUGCUGCUCAGCCUAGUGCCAUGUCGCCCGAGAAGGCGGGUGCCUCUGAACUUAAUGGCACAGCGCAACCAGAGAAGCCUUUUGAAUCUCCUCUGCCCCGGGGCGAGAAGAAACAAAGCAAUGGACUAUUUGUCUCGAACGUGGAUAAUGAACAAGCAGUCCGCGAUCUCUUCCCUGAGGAGGACAAGGCCAAGAUCGUCAAGGUUGAGAAGUGGGGCAAGUAUAACCAUGUUGUGACUUUCACCACUGUCGAGGAAGCCAAGGCUGCUCUCGACCGUCAACCCAUCGAACACAAGAAACCCAGCGGCGCUGGUCAACCCCGCAAGCCCAACCUCAAGUUUUUCGAAGACCGUGGCAGUCACCGUGGUAACGCUGGUACAUGGGGAGCUAGCAACCGAGGCGGUAAUACAUCUCAGCGCGGAUAUCAGAGCGGCGGCGCCAGUGACAGUGAAGGAGGUCGCGGACGAGGUGGAUUCGGUGGCCGUGGCCGUGGCCGUGGCACCGACCGGGGUGGACGUGGUGGGCGAGGAGGCCGUGGGGGUUUCAACAAGGGAGGCGCCUCAGACUCCAACGCACCCUCGACGUCGACACUCUCUAGUGACAAGCCUGCGCCUUCCGGUGGGGACUCUUAA